AUGAAAGCAUACAACGUAGCUUGCAAGAAUGGCCACAUGCAACGGCUGCCGGAAGAGGAAGCGUUUGGCGACACAUUUUUGAAAGCACCGCCCACCCGGCCUGAGCUCAACCUGGCUGUUGCCGCGGACGGGACCCCACUGGACUAUCAGUUUGGCAUGUCUGCGGAGAUGGCCAUGUUCCCCUAUCUGUUUCCCUUUGGUGUUGGCGCAGCCCGGGCCUUCUACGCCAUGAGCCAACCACGCGCCAGCAGCACCCACACACCCACCGCCGUCACAGUCCAAGACGAUGACGCCCCAGCCACGCUUGCCUAG